AUGCAGGAGCUCAGCGACAAGCUCGCAGCCAGCAAAUUCGCCUCUUUGAUCACUCUCCUACCAGCGACGAGCUUCCACAUGACAGUCUUCGAAGGGGUGUGUGAUCAAGUUCGGAAACCUGGAUACUGGCCAUCUGAUCUACCCCUAGAAGCCCCUCUUGAGGAGUGCAACUCCAAGUUUGAGCAAGCUCUGGGUGCAUUUGAUCUCGGGGAUGAGCAUAUGCCCCCGUACAAGAUGACGGUGAGGGGGUUCGACCCACACGAAAUCGGCAUCGGUAUCCAGCUUGACGGGCGCACGCCGGCCGAGACGGUGCGGCUAAGGUCCUUACGGCACAAACUUGCAGACAAGCUGAACAUCCGACACCCGAUACACGAUGAAUACGGCUUUCACCUCAGCGUUGCAUAUCUGCUCCGACAUCUGACAAAUGAGCAGAAUCGAGAGCUCGAGGCUCUCCUACACAGCCAUUUUGAGGAGAUGCCCCAGAAUUUUGACUUGGGUGCGCUGGAAUUUUGCACAUUUGAAAACAUGUUUGCAUUCAAGCGCGUCUUCUUCCUCGGGGGAGGGUCGAAUUGA